UGGGUGUGGAUUCCUGGUGGACUGGAUGAAUAUAAAUGUGCGAUUAAACGUUUUUGGAUUUUGCGGAUCGCCACCAUCGGCCCCGUCUUCCUCCGCACAGAGAAAGCACUCGAGAUGCCCUGACAGUAGACGUGAGUGGAUGUGUUUGCUCAGGGUCAAGGUAGUAGUGAGUUCUCGGGGUGGUGGUGAAGCUAAAGGUGAGUGGCGAUGCAUAUGUGCUCAAGGUGAUGGUUGUGGUGAGUACUCACGACAAAGUAUUGCUUACAUUCAAUUCCACUUCCACUACGGAAAAGACCCUAGCAUUCUGUAAGCUGUAUAAUCGCACUUUAUAUAGUCGUUGAGCGUGAACGUUUAAUCUUCAUGGUUUAUCAUUUGUGUGCAGUAUUACGUAUCUUGUAGCCAUGAAUAUUUUGAUUCUCAUAUUUUGACAUUUGGCCAUCUGUGUGGAUAAAGAGAUUUGGAUGAAGAGAUAUAAACAUGUCUAAAUGGGCUGUCACCUGUGUGUGGGUAAAAGCGCCCAUGUCAGGGCAUAGACAUGUGCGCGGUGUUUAGGCAAACGAUGCGUUUAAUGUGUCGUAUUACUUGGUGAGAGAGGCGUUUUUGAGUGACUUUACGGUGGGGUUUUUUUUUUCAACUUAUUUUUUUGGGAGUCGCAGUUGCGCCCUUGCAGGAUAGAUAAGCAGAGGUUCUGCGCAACAUGGGGAGUCGGGUAUGGGAUGUGGACCCCGCCCUGAGUAAUAUAACCUCAAGUGAUCCCCACGGGCAGUUGGUGAUAACAACACCACCGUAUCUCACCCCAAUACAGAACAAUCUUUAGAGCUAUUUAAAUCUGCGCAGAAAACUCACCUCUUUAAAAUGUCUUUUCCCAUAUAGUUUUGGUCCUUUAUGCUGGCUCUGUCGUUUUUCCUGCUUUCCAUACGCGGCGAAUUGGGAUCCUUGGAUGAAAUGCACCUUUCAAAUGUAUAAUAUUAUGAUUAAGGUGUACAUUUUCGCAGGCAAAUAUUGCGAUUCAUAACUGGUUUUUGAGUUGGGCCACUACGAUCCAUUCACAUUUUGUGAGAAUCGCUCAACUCACUGGAUGAAUAGGUUGAAACGAUGAUAAUAAUCAGCAGAACGUUUAACGCCCAUACACCGGGUGACGAUUUCAUUUAUUUGGCCACGUCGGAUGGUGAAGGCGUCUUAAUAACACAUAUUUAGUCAUGUCACUACAAAAGUGGCUUCACCCUUAAAAAUUUAAAUUACGAAUCGGAAUGCCAUAUCCUUUUCUAGGUGACACUCCGCAGGUGACACGCCAUGGACAACAACCCCAAAACGAUAAUCUCGUUGGAGUAUGAGCUCUUCUCUGCUCAAGAUCUGGGAGCCUCCGUGCUGAAGUUGGAGGCCCUGACCCUGCACAAGGUUGGAGCAGAGUCGCCCACUUUCCAUGGGGUGAUGAAGGCGUCGGAAGAACCCGAGCGGUGGGCGAGAGUGUUCACGGAGCAUGAUGAGGGCACAGCGCGGGAACUGGCGGAACGGCUGGACGCGUCCCUCCGCCCAUUCACGAGCUGCCCGCGGGACGACGGCGACGACCAGCAGAGACGACGCAAGCUCCUGGCCGUCGCCCGGUGCCUCCAGGAGCGGCCAAAGUGGACGCUGGCGCACGUGGCGGCCUACUGCGGCCUUCACCAGGCCCUGUCUCACGCCGAGGUCAGCAGGAGCAUCGACGAGCCGGAGAGCGACGACGGCCGCACCCCGCUGAUGAUGGCUGUGGAGGCGAAGCAGGUGGCGUGCGCGCGUGGGCUGCUGGGCCUGGGCGCGCGCGCGGAGGCCGCGGACAAGCACGGGAACAUCGCGGCGCACUACAUGGCCUCGCAGGUCGACGACAACGUCGCCAUGCUGAUCUACGAUCUGGCGGAGGGCGGCGCGAAAUCGCUGGACUCGUGCAACGGCGCCGGCAGCACGCCGCUGCACGUGGCCGUGCGUGCCGGGGCGCUCUCCGCCGUCAUCGCGCUGCUGGCCAACGGCGCCGACUUCGACGCGAGAGACGGGGCCCACGGAGACACGCCCCUGCACGUGGCCAUCAAGAGCAUCCUGCAAAACAUGCGCGACAGCCGCAGCUCAAGCGGCAUCAAUGACCAUUUGCAGAAUCUGUGCACGACGGUGAAGGCCCUGGUGUUGUUUUCGGCUGACCUGACGGUGGAGAACAAAGAUGGACAUUCGGUGUGGGACCUUGCCGCAGACGUGCACGCCGCGGGCGUGAAGGACCAGGUGUUGUCAUUGCUGCGACACGGCGAGGCCUACGCACGCGCAUCAGCGCCAACUCAGGUUUCAGGACUCAAUGACUCCGGUGCUGCUGCGGAUGAAGACGGCAAAGCAAGGCAAUUUAAAAUUAAAGACAAGCCACAGUAG